AUGGAUGAAAAGAAUACAAAUAUUGAAACGAAAAAAUCAACAGUAAAACCGGAAGGUGGGACAUUUUCUUCUACUGACAUUUCUUCUGGAAAUAAUUCUUAUCCCAAGACAUCAACUAGAAUUGAAUACGAGAAUGAUGAAUCUGUGGAUAUUAAACAAGAAAUUAUGGAAGAUCAGGAGACUUCUUCGAAAGAAGUUACAGGCCAAACAGGUAAAUUAAAUAGUAAUUGGAAGAAAAAAAGUAUAAUGUCAACAGGAGAAUAUGAAUCACAUUUUUUUAAACACCCGAGUGAACAACAUAGAAUGCUACUUAAAAAUAAUGAAACGGAUUUUACUUGCGAAAUUGAAGAAAGUAAUGAUCAAACAUUGGAAAUUAAGGAAGAAAUUAUAGAAAUUGAAUAUAUCAUUGACGAAGCAUUGGAAAUUAAAGAAGAAAUUAUGGAAGAUCAAGAGAAUACAAGUCAAAAACGUAGUCAAAAGCAUGAGUCAAAAUGGUAUACAGUGAAUAUAAAAGGAACUGAUAAUUUUACAUUUGAUGAGAAACUUCUGACCUAUAAUAAGAAAAAAAUUCAGGAAUCAAAACAGGGACUAGAAAAUAAGCACAAAUGUGAAAAAUGUGCUCGAAGCUAUAAAUAUAGACAAGAUUUGGAUCGUCAUAAAAAAUUCGAAUGCGGCGUCAUGCCACAGUUCAAAUGUAAAUUCUGCGAGAAGCGAUUCAAACAGAAUAGUGCCCUGACUACCCACAUACUUGGCGUGCAUCAGAAAGCAAAGAAAUCGGCAUUGAUAUAUAAAUGCGACAAGUGUCCUCGAAGUUAUACUUGGCUAAAUGCUUUAUAUCGGCAUAAGCAGGCAGAACACGCAGCAGUUAAACCAGAAUUUAUUUGUGCCUAUUGUGGUCACAAAACGAAUCAGAAAUAUAGCUUGGCAUCACACAUUUAUUCACGUCAUAGUAAAUAAUAAGAGUGAAUACGAAACAUGAAACUUAAAAAAAUUCAUAAUAUAGGCGAAAAAAACUUUUGAUUGCAUUACUUUAAAUAUUCUUUUAUAUUAUAUACUAAAUUUUAUGAAAAUCAUUAUAAAGAACUCAGGUUGACUUUUUGAAGGUUCCAAAACAGUAAAUUGACUCCCCUUCGACAUCGAUAUAAAUUAUUUUUCUCAAAUAUACAAAUUUAGAUAUUGUGCAUUCAUAACUUUUGAAAUAGUUUUUAGUAUUGUAAGUUUCUUCUUAAAAAUGUUGUAAACUGAUUUCAUUUUCAUACUUCAUGUGAAGAAAUGUUAAAUGUUUGGCGCCAUCAGUAAUGAAAAUAAUCAUGUAUUUGGUCCGGACUCAAUAAAAUAACAUUCCUGCGUUGUAAA